AUGGCUUCUGGUGGUAGCAGUGGACAGCCACGAGCUGUGCCAGAUCACACACGAUCUCUGCCCGAUCUUGAGGACAUAGAAGCAGCGCGUCCACCACCGACGGCUGAGACCAUCCCAUCCCAGCGUCCACUUCCUCAUAUCUUGGAAGAUGGCAUUACCGAGCUAUGGUCCCCCCCAAAUCCUGCGCGGAUUGUCGCCGAUAUCUACUUUGUCCAUGGCCUGAUGGGCCAUCCGUUCAAAACGUGGUAUCACCAAAAGGCAUCACCAUCGCAGAAAACCCAGGACAAUCCAGAGUCAAAGAGACAUGGACUAUCGAAGAUAUUUGGUCGGAAACGCGAAGGCAAACGAGAGACAAGCGGGAACGCUUCUGAGGCGCCUUCACAAAAGGGCCGAGGGUGCUACUGGCCCCUCGAUCUGAUCCCGAGUGACUUCGAUAACGUACGAGUCCUCACUUGCGGCUACGACUCGCACCCGACACGAUUUCUGGCGGGCGGAAAUCAAAUGAACAUUUCUCAACACGCCCAAAAUCUUCUCCAGCGUGUCAGGACUACUCGGAAUCAUUGCCAAGGAAGGCCAAUCAUAUUCGUCGCCCAUAGCCUUGGAGGCAUCCUGGUUGAAGAUGCCAUUGUUGAAUCUGGGAAAUACAAACAUCAGCCUGCACUCUUGGACAUUAGCCGCUCCUGUGUCGCCAUUUUCUUCUUCGGAACGCCCCACCAUGGAUCGGACGCUGCAAAGUAUGGUGAAACCUUAGGCAAGAUGCUUGAAAUUUGUGGCUCCAAAGUCAACAAAGAGAUCUUGAGAGGACUGCAGAGAAAUGGGGAGAAGCUAAGCGCCGUUGAGCGCGACUUUAACGACUUGCUCAACGAAGAACUUCCACCCAGUGAAAAGCUUCAGAUAUGUAGCUUCCAAGAAGGGAAGACGGUGACGGGUCUGAAGUUCUUUCCCAUUGGAAAGGUGGUAGAAGAUUCAUCCUCUUUUUUCAAUCGCAGAGACAUUGAAAAUAGCAUGUUUAUCAAUGAGAAUCACAUGGAAAUGGCACGAUUCCGCUCAGCGCAGACACAGGGUUAUGUGGACUUUCGAUCGAGGUUGAAAGACUAUCUGCAUAAGAUUGAAACAACCGCCAACGCGCGGAGGGCCAGGGAUCAGGCGCAGGAAGCUGAACGUGCAGGUGUGUCCUGA